AUUUUACUGCAUUGAUGGGUGAUGGCGGUAAACGAAAACGAUCAUGUGCGCAUGCGCCCUCCCACGCCACACAACCGCAGUAAGCAAACAUGGCGGCGGCCGUCGACAAUGUUGUGAAAGUGCUCGGAGAGCAGUAUUACAAGGAUGCCAUGGAGCAGUGUCAUAGCUACAAUGCUCGACUCUGCGCAGAACGCAGCAUCCUCAUGCCCUUCCUGGACUCACAGACAGGCGUGGCCCAGUCCAACUGUUAUAUCUGGAUGGAGAAGAGAGAUCGAAGUGCAGGUGUGGCUCCUGGACAGCUAUACACUUACCCUGCUCGACGCUGGAGAAAAAAGCGGCGCUCCCACCCGCCAGAGGACCCACGAUUGGCUUUCCCCCCUCUGAAAGCAGCUGAUUUAGACCUGAGCCUGAAGCGUGAUGCUUUAGGAGUGGUAGAUGGCAGCAGCCUGGAGGCUCUGCUGAAGGGAGAGCCUCUUGACCGGAGGAGUGGCGUGUCGGAAGUCCGUGGCCCCGAAGAUGAGCCAAUGACAGUAGAAACUCCUGCGAGCUCGGCCACCACUCACACAUCCUCUGGACGGGUGCGCAAGAGAAUUCUGGAUCACGACGACUACUUAGACGACCUGGAUGACGAAGAUUUUGAGGACGAAACUCCCAGGCGACGAGGCAAGAACAAAUCCAAGAGCCGGAGUGACAAGAAUGGCAAGAAGAAGUCGGAGGCUGCAGCUGCUGCUGCUCUGGAGGAGAGGGACAAACCGUACGCCUGUGACAUUUGUGGGAAACGCUACAAGAAUCGCCCAGGCCUGAGUUACCACUAUACACACUCUCACCUGGCAGAGGAGGAGGGCGAGGACCGCGAGGAGAUCGAGGCACCACCCACUCCUCGCCAGCCUGAGGAGCAGAAGACAACUAAGAAAGGUCCGAAUGGACUGGCGCUGCCUAAUGAUUACUGCGACUUCUGCCUGGGAGACUCCACCCUCAACCAGAAAACCGGCCAGUCAGAGGAGCUGGUGUCCUGCUCGGAUUGUGGACGAUCCGGUCACCCAACUUGCCUGCAGUUUACUCCUGUGAUGAUGGCGGCGGUGAAAACGUACCGCUGGCAGUGCAUCGAGUGUAAAUGCUGCAAUGUUUGCGGCACGUCGGAGAAUGAUGACCAGCUGCUGUUCUGUGACGACUGCGACCGGGGCUACCACAUGUACUGCCUGUCGCCUCCCAUGACUGAACCACCCGAGGGGAGCUGGAGCUGCCACCUGUGCCUGGCCUUGCUGAAGGACAAAGCCUCCAUAUACCAGCAGAACCAGAACUCUGCCCCCGAGUGACACCAGUCCUCAGGCCCAGCCCCUCUGCCACAGGAAUCCCACCCGCAGCAAAACCACAGAACUGGUCUCACGGUGCUUUCCCCAUGUAGCUGAGUCCGGUCCCCGGUCAGCCACUUCACCCUGGGUCAGCAGAGCCCAGAUCAGUCAGGAUCCAGCAUUAACACCGACAUCACUUGCACACACACACACACGCACACACUUGGACUGUUACACUGGGUUGGAGCCUGACGUUACCAUAGCAACUGCAGUCUCCACAGAAACCCUUCAAACAGAGCAGAUUAGCGUCACAGUGAUUCUCUGAAGCGGACGGUGGAGGGUCUGUGCUGCCACAUCGUUUCAAAGGACCAGCUGAGAGAAGAAGAUCUGGUUUUCAGAACCAUUUCCUGUUGUCGUGUUUAUUUGUCCUUCUUCUGGAAGUGGUUGCUUGUGGCCGUGGUGUUUUAUUCAUCCACACGUGGAGCCGGGUCCUUACUGAGAGAGCCCUCUAGUGCCAAGGUCCAUCAUCGCAACCCAGCCAUCUAGCUGACAAACAACGUGGUUUAUGUUACUCCACCGAACACUAUGAAACAACAAACGGUGUCUUCACAAUUUGUCUUAAAUUCAAAAUGACUGCUGCUUCUUUUUCCACACACUAGUUUGGUUUACAUCCCACGACGACCUCGAAGGGGGCGAUGACGUCGCUGCGUCAUUUCAGAGAGCUGUUGCUGGCAGAUUUGCAUGUAAAUUGCACCUGAAUGAAUGAACACACAUCAGUCUUUUUUCAUUUUGUUUUCAGCUUUUGGGGGUUGUUUUUCUUUGUAGUUGGAUUUUGGAAAGUAUAUAGCUCCUGUUUCGAUAUACGUAUGUACUGUAUUUCUAUUUUUGUUAUGACCGUGAUGUUUCUUCGGUUAUCCUGAGCUAUCUGACCUCCAUUAUGAGUAUUUGUAAAAUGAUGUACUUUGUUGUACUAUUUUAAUUUUUUUACAUUUUUUGUAUUGAAUUCAACUAGUCUGAAUGAAAUAAACAAG